AUGGGAAGAUUGCCGAAGCCCACAAAAACAGAGCAACAUUCCUGUGUCAACAAUAAUAAUCCUUGCAAAGCAACCAAAUUUUCUUCUGGGAUACCCACGAUAGACCUCAAAAUCCCCGAAGCUAAGAGCCUCAUAGCGAAAGCAUGCCAAGACUUCGGCUUCUUCAAGCUCACCAACCAUGGAGUCCCCAUGGAAGCCAUCGCUGAGCUCGAGUCUCAAGCUUUCGAUUUCUUCUCUCUCCCUCUUACCCUCAAACACAAAGCUGGACCUCCCAAUCCAUUCGGCUAUGGCAACAAACAUAUCGGCCCAAACGGCGACGUUGGCUGGAUCGAAUACCUUCAUCUCACCACAAACCUAGAUUACAACUCUUUCAGACUCUCCCCUGUUCUUCGCACAAACCAAGAAAAAUUCCAACGUGCGUUGAGUAAUUACAUACCGUAUGUGAGGAAGAUGGCGUGUGAGGUUCUGGAAUUGUUGGCUGAAGGACUCAUGAUUCAGCCCAGGAAUGUGUGGAGCAAGAUGCUGAUGAACGAACAGAGUGACUCUGUUUUCAGGUUGAAUCAUUAUCCUCCAUGCCCAGAGCUUGCUGGCUCCAACAAUGGCGGAAACGUGGUGGGGUUUGGAGAGCACACGGACCCACAAAUCAUUACUGUGUUGAGAUCCAAUGACGCUUCAGGACUUCAAGUUUGUCUCAGAGAUGGAACUUGGGUUUCCGUGCCACCUGAUCCGUCCUCCUUCUUCAUCAAUGUUGGAGAUUCUCUCCAGGUGAUGAGCAAUGGAAGAUUGAAGAGUGCAAGGCAUAGGGUUAUGGCAAAUGGAUUGAAAUCAAGAGUGUCAAUGAUAUACUUUGGUGCUCCACCCUUGAGUGAGAGAAUUGCACCAUUGCCUUCAUUAACCAAACAAGGGAAUCAACAAAGCCUUUACAAGGAAUUUUCUUGGUUUGAAUACAAAAAAUCAGCCUAUGCUUCAAGAUUGUCAGAUAACAGGCUUGCUCCCUUUGAGAGAAUUCCUUCCUCAUAAUAAUCCAAUAAUGUCACUGCAAGUUGACAUUAUUAUUACCAAGUAGCUAUCCAUGUGCUUUCAGCUUCACCA